AUGUCAGACACACAACAACAAUCCACAGUUAAAGUUGAAGGACAAGAUGCUACUCAACAGUUAAAACAUGAUGCCGAACAAACAGGUGCUGAAGUUAAAGCAGCAGCAAGUGAAGUUACUGAUGUAGCUAAAGAAAAAGCUGCUGAUGUUAAAGAUGCUGCACAAAAGACCGCAGAUGAUGCUAAAGCAGCUGGUGCUCAACUAGCUGGUGAAGUAAAAGACGCUGCAGAAACUAAAGUUGAACAAGCAAAAGAAGCUGGAGCACAAUUAGCUGAUGAUGCCUCGAAGAAAGUUGAUGAAGUGAAAGAUGCUGCAAAAGAAGCAGCAAGUGAAGCAAAAGAUGUUGCACAUGAAAAGACCGAACAAGCAAAAGAAGCUGGAGCGCAAUUAGUUGAUGAUGCAACUCAAAAAGCAGAUGAAGCGAAAACUACAAUUGUUGAAUCAGCUAUACAUGCUAAAGAUGCAGCCGUUGAAAAAGCACAAGAAAUUGGUCAUGCUGCUGUUGAAACCGUUAAUGCCAUUCCAGGAGCAGUUGCUGAUGCUGCUAGUUCAGUUGGUGAAAAACUUGCAGCUGCCGGACAAUGGACAGCAGACACAGCAGCUGCAGUUGGUACAGCUGUUAUUAAUUCAGCAGGAGAAGCAUUACAUAGUCUUGCUGAAGCUGCUACUGAUGCUAAGAACAAAGUAACUGAAGUCGUCGGUCAUGCUAUGGAUAAAGGUAGCGAAAAAGUUGAAGAAGUAAAAGAUAAAGCUAACGAAGUAGCAGCUGAUGCUAAAGAAAAAGGCGAAGGUAAAUAA